AUGCCUGGAUCAUUAUCUCCCUCCGACACGUAUGGACAGUUCAAACGCGCUCUUCGAAAUCUGUUCCGGCGCCGGAAGUUCAACACCAACGUUUCUGCAGUCGUGAAGCCACAAGCGCCAACGCGCCCACCACGUCCACGAUCGGCAUCGGCCGUCGCUGCUCCCGAAGUCUUUAACAGCCCAGACAUUCCAUCAUGGCCCAUAUUCGGUCAGCUACCUCAAGGCGGUGGUCUAUACUGUGCUCCCGUUGAGCUUCCUGGCUCUCUUGCACCCGUGCUUCAGCAUCGCUCCAAGUCCGAUGCCGGUCAGCCCAUAUAUCACUCCGACCUCUUCAGCGAGCUGGACGCUACUUCGAUCCGACGGUUGAGUGUGAUUGGAAGCGAAGAUGGCGACGACGAACACUUGGAAGAAGCAUACCUGGAGCUGCAGGCUGAGCUGAACGCCCGGAGAGCUCUGGAAGAUGAUGACGAACAAAUCACACCGGAACAACCUACCCAAGCAACAGAACAGCACUCGACAGACUCAGAAGAACCAGACUCGGAACACGCACUCGACGAUGCCCUGUUCGAAGAUGCAGAGGAGCAUCUUGCUCUCGAAGACGAGAUCGAAGACCAUGUCGACGCUGCCAACAUCGCUCUUCCGGAAGGUUCCGACUCGGACCUAGAAAACGACAAUGUUUCGAUUGCACCCGAAGCCGAAGAGUUUGCUAGAAACGACUCAGCGAACGGGGGCAAGGUCUUCCACGACGAUUCCAGCUCUCUCUACAGCACAGACGAGUCAGAAAACGAUGCCGAUUCUGCCACAGACGUAGCCACCGUCUCGACACCUCGCACCGCUUCUUUGCUUAGAGCAGACAUGAUGGAGUACUUUGACGAGAAGAUCCCAGUAGUCUCCGAGACUCCUCAGGUUCUACCUCUUAUUCCUGCUCCCGGUAUGGCCGCGACUUCCGGCCCUCUUGAGGAGUUCUCCUGGUGA